AUGUCGUCCACAGCCACGGCCAGUUCUGCUGGUUCAAGGGCCGGCUCAGUGGCUUCAAGCAAUAGCAAAAGAAGAAUGGAGAGCUCAGACGAAGAACACCCAAACAAAUGCAGCAAACUGCAGCAUUCCACAGUCAAGAUAAGAGUAGAAGCUCCCCUUCUCGAAGACUUUACCAAGGAGUGCGGAAUUCCCACAGCUCAGUUUGCCUGGGGCCCUCGCCCAGAAAGCCCCGCCGAGGAAUCGUUUGAUGAAGAUGAAACGGCCGAUCCUCCUUCUGUUCCGAUCAUCAAUCCCAAGUACCCAAAGCCAAGAAACGUUGCACGUCCCGUCAAUCAUCUUCGUGCUUUCUACCUCCACCAUCAUGACACCUUGGGCCCUGAUCUUGAUCCACCAGCUGAAACCCAGCCACGAAGAAUAAACCGAACGAGGCCCCCCAAGGAGCGCAGCCUGAUGGACCUUCCUGCCGAAAUUCGAGAGGAGAUUUACCGUGGCCUUCUCGUCUCCCACAAACCCGUCCCCGUCUAUGACGGCUGGAAGAAGGUCUACGAACGAGAGAAGCCCUGUCUGGACAUCAACAUCCUUAUGACGUGCAAGAAGAUCUUCAACGAAGCCAUCAGAGUGCUUUAUGGCGAGAACACCUUUCUCUAUCGUCUCCGAGACAUGCCAACUGAGUCGCACAGGAUGAUCAAUAUUCAAGAGCUGGCCCGAAGCAACGCUUACGUCCCCUCGCAAGGCUACAGAGACCAGAUUCGAGCAGCGGCGGCCUGUGAAGCUGGGACUAUCAACAUCAGAAAGUACGCCUGCUUGUUCCGCUACAUCACCUUACAGGCCGACCACAACCGAUCUGAAUUCUAUACCCAGGAAUUUAUGGUCGAUGCCAUCAAGACGUUUGCCCAGGAACCCGGGAUGACGAACAUCCACACUCUGACCAUCAUCGUCAGCCCCCGUUACACUCGCGGCAGAUUUACCUUUGUCGACUGGUUCGAUUCCAGGUCGGAACUUGUGUGUGCGCUCAAGGCCGUUUGUUGCGAGAUAAUUCGCAUCAGGAUCUGGAACAAACACCUCAAUGACGGUCUCGGUCCAAUUUCGUCUGUGCUGUUCCUGCGUGUCCAUCAGCUGAGGUUCCUCAGGCAACUCGAGUACCAGAAACUUCACGAUGAGAAACCUCAAACUAAGAGCGAAAGGCUCAGACCAGACAUCUGGGCGGGGGAUUGGAAGAUGGAAAAGCUUCGCCGCAGGCGAGGACGAGAGAUCAUUAGCAGGUUGGAAAGGCUUCGACCUUGCGUGCUCGAAGCCUGCAAGAAACAUCUCGAACCGCACAUCAAGCGACAAGGCGACCUCGAGGAUGCAGAUGAUGACGACGAUGACGACAAUGACGACGAUGACGAUGAGAACUGGUUUGCUUAUUUCCCAGACGAGGUGGCGGACAGCGAGGCUGAAGAGGCCUCAGGGUACUAG